GCCGAGCCGGAAGAGGUCAGGGCCAAAGCGGGGAUGGGGCGCGAUAACCCCCCAGGCCGCUGGGAGGAUGGGUCUGUGCAAAUCCAAGCUGCCCCCAUGGACAGACCCCUGAGGCCACAGGAGAACGAUAUGAUCAAUGACAAGAUGCUGUCUUACCUGGAGAGCCAGGGCCUCCUCAUCGAUGGCUUCUCCCGGGAGCUGAAGCAGGCCAAGGAGUUUGAGCACAUUGACCCUAACAUAUGCGAGGGUGUGAGACAUUGAAGCCAUUCUUCCCUCCCCACCUUGGAUGGAGAUCUGAAGGGUGAGACUAAGGGGAGAGGAGAGGACCAGAGGGAAAUGGAGUGUUGUAUUAUCA